GUUGGAUCCUAUGGGUUGAACGCCACGAAGACAAAUCGAUACUUCUGAAUGGUCGAAAGUUCCUCAGUGUGACCUUUGAUCGCCAGAAAUUAUCAGUUUGGGGCUAGACUGAGUGCUGUCAAAGGUUGCAGCCAGUCAAGUGAUUGGCACUUGCCUUUCGGGAAAGAAGUAUGUAAGUGGCAGAAAAUAUUAGCAGGGGAGGGAGGCGAGAAAAUAAGAGGUAGGUAAGUACCGGACUCUUACCCUGCCAGUAAUAUUCUACGGAAAUCUUUACUCACUUUUUAACUUGUUACUGAGAUAUUCUUGUCAACUGGGAUACUUGCGUAAUCGAGCUUGACGUCAAGCUCAGCUCCACAACUCUCGGAACUAGUUACCCAUCGCAACACUAAUGUAAACAAAAUAAAUCGCAUGUGCUUUUCAGACCUGGGCGGAAAUUCAGCACUGAACGGUUACAACGGCAAUUGUAUCUUGAAGACUUUGUGGUGAAGUGACUGGCGCGGAGUGUAAGUCCACUAUCUUCGAUAGAUACAUAUCACCACGAUUGGAACUACGGAUACUAAUAUAUUUUCUCAGUGCCAGUAACAUACCACACCAUGGCGGAUUACCAUGAUAAAAUGGAGACUUCUCCAAGUCGAGAUCCAGCUGUCCAUGAAUCUCUUGCUCCUCGAAAGAUGACCGCCGGUGAAUAUGCACGAACUCGAUUUUCCACACUCAAACCACCUAUGCAUAAGGCACCCAAUCCAAUAAGGCUUCUUCGAUUGUUAUCUGGAAAACAAUGGCUCUUCUUCCUCUGUGGUUUUAUAGCAUGGGUACGCAUAUUUUGUUUUUGAGUUGGAGUAUUGCUAAUGAUGUUAUAGAGUUGGGAUGCAUUCGAUUUCUUCACCGUCAGUUUGACGGUCGAGGAUCUUGCAGAGGAAUUUGGAAAAACUAAUACCGACAUUACGUGGGGUAUUACUUUAGUUCUGAUGUUCAGAUCUGUCGGAUCAGUCAUCUUUGGUCUGGCAGCUGAUCGAUACGGAAGAAAAUGGCCAUUCGUUGUCAAUAAUAUUCUCUUCAUCGUCCUCGAGCUCGGAACAGGUUUUUGUAACACGUUCAAGCAAUUUCUUGCCUGUCGUGCAUUAUUUGGAAUUGCUAUGGGUGGUUUGUAUGGAAAUGCAGCCGCGAUGGCAUUAGAAGAUUGCCCCGAAGAAGCUCGUGGAAUAAUUUCUGGAAUGCUCCAACAAGGUUACGCAUUUGGAUAUCUUCUCGCAACAGCGUUUGCCAGAGGUCUUGUGAAUACCACCUCUCACGGAUGGCGUCCACUGUUUUGGUUCGGUGCUUUUCCACCUGUUUUGAUUAUCAUCUUCCGACUCUGCCUUCCCGAGACAGAUGCUUAUCUUGAGCGGGAGGCUGUGCGCAACGAACCGGGUAAUAUUGGAGGGACAUUCGUUGCGGAAGGAAAGGUGGCACUUAAGCGUCAUUGGCUUUUGUUGGUAUACCUUGUCCUCUUGAUGGCUGGUUUCAACUUUAUGGUGAGAUAUAUACUUCCUAUCAUUUACAAACACGCAUGCUAACGACCUAUUUUUCAGAGUCAUGGAUCACAGGAUCUUUACCCCACCAUGUUGAAGAACCAAUAUAAUUUCAGCCCUAAUGCCGUCACCGUCACACAGGUUGUUGCUAAUCUUGGUGCCAUGACGGGAGGGACCGUAAUUGGCUACUGCUCACAGAUCUUUGGUCGGAGAUUUUCCAUUAUUUUCAUUAGCAUUGUUGGAGGUGCUCUGCUAUACCCAUACACCUUCACUUCAAGCAAGGCCGUCAUUGCCGCUGCGUUCUUCGAACAAUUUUGUGUCCAGGGUGCAUGGGGUGUCAUCCCAAUCCACUUAAUGGAGUUAUCACCUGGUUCGUUCCGUACCUUUGUGGUCGGUACAUCAUAUCAACUCGGUAACCUCGUUUCAUCCGCCUCCUCGACUAUCGAAUCAACAAUCGGUUCCAGGUUCUCUCUCCCACCCAAAGGCAAGACACAUCGCUACAAGUAUGGCCUGGUCAUGUGUAUUUUCUUGGGAUACGUCUAUCUCUAUGUGAUCGUCUUGACGUUUGUCGGUCCGGAAUAUUUGCGCAGGAGUUUUGUUGUCAGAGAUGAUUCGGAUAUGGAUGAAGCGGCUGGUCACAAUACCAUUGAAGCGGCGUUGGGGAAGAUUCAUCGUCGUGGACAGAAUGGAAAUGAGUCUAGUGAUCGGGAUGAUGUGGAUGCUAUUGAGAAGGGAGGGAAAGCGAAUGAGCAUGCUUGAUGUGAUGGGUGCAUGGAUGUUUUUAUGCGCGUUUUCUUGGCAUUUUGAGUUGUUGCAGGUGCUUGGUGAAUCGCUGGAUGGAUAGGAAGCUUUACGGUAUUUUGACGAUGAUUGAUAGUCUUUUCUUUCUUGAA